ACUCGUAGUUGCAGAGAUUUUCAAAAAUGGUGAAGCUCGCAACAGCCAGAGAGCUCCGAUUAUACGGUCCAUGGCUUUCCCGUAAUAAAUUGGAGUACAUAAAUGCCGGCAUCUAUGUCUUUGCUUCGAUUCUCCUGCUCGCUGGAUUUGUAUCUCAGCUCUCCCCCAUGGAUGCCAAGUCAGGCCUCGUUGUUCUCCUCAUAGCUUUAAUGUUAUUUACCCUAGUCAAUUUUCAUGAUCUGUUCGCGCAUUUCGCCGGCAUCGAUUAUCGCUUGUCGGUGGUGGGCUUCGAUGCGCAGCUCGCGCUCGUAGAGUUCGCAGUCCCUAUCGUUCACGCUUUGGGAUCGAUCCUUACAUUCGUAGCCAUUCUUCUCAUCUUCAUUCAGGAAGAGAAAGGGUUUGGUUAUUACAGAUGGGAGAAGCAUUCUUUAAGUAUGCUUGUUGCAGGCCCUGCUUUAUGGCUCAUAGGUUCAAUACAUAACUUAUGCCAGAUUUACGAGAGAGCUGACGGUCAUGUUCAGAUUUUACAAGUUAGUACUCAAAUUCCAUUCUUGAUGGGAAGUCUCCUGUUCAUGGUGGGCUCAAUUCUAAACUUACAUGACCGAACAGGGAAAAUCCAUCAUGGCUUGAUGUUACUGGGGAAGAACUGGGUUUGGAUGGGGAUACUUGGGUGCUUGCUUUUCUUGUUAGGGGGACUUGUGAAUCUGGUGAAAGUGUUUAAGAUGCAGCAACCAGGUGGGAUGAGGCUAGAGAAGUUGCGAGGUGGGGGACAAGAGAGACUCAUCCAGGAGAGGGAAGGUCUGGUUCCUCUCAUUUUGGAAGAGCAUAGGAAGAAGAAAAAGCAGAGCGAUGAAGAACAACAACCAAUUAUAGUUCCUACUCCUACUCCUACUCCUACUCCUACUCCUUACAAGGAUGUUCUAGUUAGUGGUGGUAAGUAAGGCUUGAAAGCAUAU